AUGGGUUCCAAGACAGAGCCCUACUUCCCUCUGGCCGGAUACAGCCAGGAUGGCUGGUCCAAGGAUGGCAGAGCCACAGCGACGUGCUUUUGCGGCGCAGUGCAGCUCAGCUUUCCCACUGAAAAACCUGGACUGGUUGACACCUUCAUCUGCAACUGCACCGAUUGCCGCAAACUCACUGCGUCCAUGUUCGCGUCCAACUUCACCAUUGACGAUAACUACUUAAUCCAUGAGCGCGGUCAAGAAAAUCUGACGACGUACGGCCAGUCCAAGACGAUUGGUACAGGCAACACCAUGACCAACUACUUUUGCUCGACGUGUGGCUCUCUCAUGUACCGACGCGGUACAGGCUUCCCAGGCAAAAGCAUCUUGCGCAUCGGCACUGUGGACGACUUUAAUCUCCACGAGACUAAGUUGAAGCCUCGUAUUGAGCAAUAUGUUAAAGACCGUGUGGCCUGGUUUCACGGUGGAGAGGGGGUUAAACAAGUUCAAGGCUAUUAUUAUGCAAAAGUUUAG